UACAAACAAACAAAGCUGAUCACUAGGAAAAUGAAGCUUGCUUUUGGUGCUAUUCGGCCAUGCAAUACACCACCUGUAUCCAAAUGCACGGUUUCUAUGCACUACUACUCUUCCAUCUCGGCCACACCCAACCACAAAAGCAUCGCAUUCCCACAGUUUGAGGUCUCCUGCAGCUCCCUCAAGCACGACUCUUCACAGCGCAGCCUCGCUGCUGCUCACUCCGUCAAACUCGGCAAGAGGUGGAUGGAGUUCCAGGGUAUUAACAACUGGGAAGGCCUGCUUGACCCUCUCGACGAUAACCUACGCCGCGAAAUACUCCGCUACGGCAAGUUUGUCGAGGCAGCUUAUCGCUCUUUUGACUUUGACCCCUCCUCCCCAACCUAUGCCACGUGUCUUCACCCCAGAAACUCGCUCUUUAGCCGGACCGGAAUUGUGGAAACCGGGUAUAAAAUCACCAAGAACCUGCGAGCCACUUGUGGAGUCAAGUUGCCACGUUGGUUUCACAAGGCCCACCCCAAUUGGGUGUCCACCCAGUCCAGCUGGAUUGGCUACGUGGCGGUCUGUCAAGACAAGGAGGAGAUCGCCCGGUUGGGACGACGUGACGUGGUGAUCGCCUAUAGGGGCACUGCAACAUGUUUGGAGUGGCUCGAAAAUCUACGUGCCACCUUAACUGAUUUACCUAAUCAUCGCGACGUUCCCAAGGAGGACGGGCCAAUGGUAGAGAGCGGAUUUUUGAGCCUCUACACAUCUAGAACCGACGCGUGUCCUAGCUUGCAAGAGAUGGUGAGGGAAGAGAUCGCAAAGGUGAUCGAAACAUACGGUGAUCAAGACGAGCCCCUCAGCUUCACGAUAACAGGCCACAGCCUGGGUGCGGCAUUGGCUACACUCACUGCAUAUGAUCUCACAACCAAUGAAAAAGCGCCAUUGGUGACGGUGAUAUCAUUCGGUGGGCCACGCGUAGGGAACAAGGGCUUCAGGUCCCACUUAGAAGAGAGUGGGAGCAGGAUACUUAGGAUUGUGAACUCGGAUGAUGUCAUCACCAAACUACCUGGCUUUGUGUUCAAGGAUUGUGAGAUUGCAAGGAGGAAGGGUGUACACGUGGAUGGGCUUCCGGGAUGGUUACAGAGGUGCGUGGAAGAGAUGCAGUGGGUAUAUGCAGACGUCGGACAAGAGCUUAGAGUAAGUAGCAGGGAGUCACCGCACCACGUCAUCAAAAAGGGUGAUAUGGCCACGUGUCACGACCUGAAGACAUAUCUUCAUUUGGUUAACGGUUUUGUGAGUUCUACCUGUCCUUUCAGAGCUACCGCGCAGACGUAGAUCAGUGCAGCUGAGUAGUUCAAUCCAACCUAGAGAUCUAACACAUGGGGUUUUGAGUAAUUUUGAGUCUUUUGACCUCAUCGAGCACAUAAUUAAUUGAAUUGUGUGCACGUUGUAUAUAUGUUUGA